CAAUGUCAUUUUCGCAGAAUAAAAAUAGUUUAUUUAGGUUCACUUUUCGUAUUUAAAUUAAUAAUCACUGACGAGAUAUCCUGUAUACAUUUAACUGAUUGAAAGAACUAAACAAUGUUCAGUUCUAAAAUUACUAAACUUGCAAGGUUCUCACAAUUGCUGAAAUCCAACAGCAGGCCUAGCUUAGGGGCUUCAGUAUGCCACCAGAAACGAUCAAAGACCGAUUUAUAUGAACCAGAUUACUUGAUUAGUAUGGAGCCGGACGAACCUGUAUACGACUGCCUUAACUUGCAAUUGAAGGGCUACGACUUUGCUGUGCUGGAGGCCUGCCAGAAGCAGAUCCACAGAUAUGCUGAAAUAAUGGGCAUACAGGUUGAUGACAGUUGGGCCACACCAGCUCAGCAGCUGAAGGUGCAGCGGUUCAAGCCGGGAGGCACCAUCGUUGAUGCAGAAUACAACCUCAAUGUCUAUGAACGCAAUGUACAGGUAGUGGACGUGCCAGCGUGGGCGCUGGGCUCGCUGCUGCGCUGCGCGCGCGCCAUGCUGCCGCAAGGCUGCGAGCUGCGCGUGCACGAGCACGCCGUGGAGCACGAGGAGACGCGCUACGUGCCCGACAACCAGCUCCUCGAGCUCAAGCAGCAGCUCGAGGUCAUGGGCGGCAGCCGCGCCGACAAGAAGAAGAGGAAAUAAUGUCUAGUUAGAAAUAAGUAGGUUUAGUAGGUUAAUUAAUAAAGCUUUGUUCUUA